AUGAGCUACUUUCCCUCUUUGCUCAUCUCCUCCUUCCUACUUUGGGCGACCAUCUCCAAUGCCAAUGUGAUCGACAUCUUCAACAACUGUCCUUAUACCGUCUGGGCCGCGUCCACCCCCAUCGGAGGCGGACGCCGCCUCGACCCCUACCAGACGUGGACCAUCUACCCGCCCGCGGGCACUUCCAUGGCCCGCAUAUGGGGCCGCACCAACUGCAACUUUGACGCUAGUGGCAGGGGAUGGUGCCAGACGGGCGACUGUGGCGGGGUCCUCAACUGCAACGGUUGGGGGGUCCCGCCGAACACGCUGGCCGAGUACGCACUCAACCAGUUCUCCAACCUGGACUUUUACGACAUAUCGCUGGUGGACGGGUUCAACAUCCCCAUGAUCUUCACUCCUACGAACAACGUCGGCUCGGGAAACUGUCAGAGCCUGACCUGCGCGGCUGACAUCAACACGCAGUGCCCCAACGAGCUGCGGGCCCCGGGAGGCUGCAACAACCCUUGUACCGUGUACAAGACCAAUGAGUUCUGUUGCACUCAAGGGUACGGGACUUGUGGGCCAACCUAUUUUUCAAGGUUCUUUAAGGACAGGUGCCCUACCUCUUACAGUUACCCUCAGGAUGAUCCAAGCAGCACCUUCACUUGCCCCGGCGGUACCAACUAUAGGGUUGUGUUUUGUCCCUAUGGAGCUACUCAUCCCACCAUCAACAACAACAGUACUACGAAUGUCAAUUUGGAGAUGGUUACUGAGAAGAUCAAUUCCGAAUAG